AAUAAAACAUGUGGGACAAAAUAAUUUAUGGAUUUGUUAUAAUGCUUGCUACUUAUAUACUCAAGAAACUAUUUUCGGAAACACCAAAUAAUAUUAAAUUUCAAUCGAAAUUUCUCGUAUUUUAUAUUUGGACUUCUUUCGUGGCAUUAUUUACCUUACCGUUUUUUGUAUUUCGACCAAGAAACGUGAAGAACUCACUAUGUGGAGCCCAAAUCGUUAAGCAUGUAACCAAAUUAAUUGAGGUUAAAUGGCAUUUAAGGAAUGGCAGGAUAUUGGCUGAAGAUAGGGGAGCAGUUAUCAUAUCAAAUCAUCAAUCUUCUCUAGACAUUUUAGGCUUAUUUAAUGUAUGGCAUGUAGCAGUAAAAGUUGCAGCGAUUGCAAGAAAAGAACUCUUUUAUAUCUGGCCAUUCGGUCUUGCCGCAUAUUUAGCUGGAGUUGUAUUCAUUGACAGAAAUAGCACCAAGGAUGCAUACAAACAACUUAAGAUUACGUCAGAUGUGAUGAUAAAAAAUAAGACAAAAAUAUGGAUAUUUCCCGAAGGAACCCGGAACAAGGAUUUUACAAAGUUACUGCCAUUUAAAAAAGGCGGUUUCAAUAUAGCAGUUGCAGCUCAGGUCCCAAUCAUUCCAGUUGUCAUAUCACCAUACUACUUUAUUAACAGAAAGAAAAAUAUUUUCAACAAAGGUCACGCCAUAAUUCAAUGCCUAGAACCAGUGCCUACAAAAGGUCUAACAAUGGAAGAUGUACCAAAAUUAAUAACAAAAGUCAGGAAUAUCAUGGAAAUUGCAUACAAGGAGUUAUCAAAGGAAGUCAUUAGUGCCUUACCGCCUAACUAUCCCUUAGAAACUGAGGACUGAAGUAUGUAAAUUCUCGUAUAAAUAAGAAACAAAUUACGUGUGUAAUUGGGUAAAGCAAAUCUGUCAGCAGGGCUACUCAGUAACUCCAAAAACUAUUCUGGUUUCAAUAUUGUGUCCAUGUCGUCCGAUGUUUGCGACAUCUACAUAAAUACAUCAAAAUUUUCGUCUUAAGAUUACGUCAUAAUUAUAACGUUUUAGAUGCAUACAUUUUUGCUUUAUAGAGUAGCCCUGGUAUAAAAAUCUCAAAAAUAACUGUAAUAAGACAUGUACGAGAAACCCGUACUGGAAGUAAAAUGUAAACAUUCUAUUUAUACCACAGAUACUGUGGGUCUAGAUUCAUUAUGGUAAACAGCGUAUAGUACAGUAACAAUUCGUUAGUUUGAUGUCAUAUAAUUAUUAUUUUUUAAAUUUACCUUGUGCUAAGAGUUAAGGAAACAACUCCCACUUUUGCUUAAAGGGAGGUCUCAUCAAAGAUACAUUUUAGUCAUACGUUGUAUUUGCUUAAGAAAAUAAAUUAAUUGUAUCUGUCUGCACUGUCGGUCUGUAGAAUAAUGACUCAAGUCCGUUUGCAAUACAUUCAUCCAAGUUAUGCCAUUUCUGAAACCUAAACCACAAAUCUCACUAAGCGCAGGAAUAGUCAAUGAAUCUUGUGCAAUAAUCAUAAUUUUAAAUGUUGCCAUUUAUUUUAAGGCUAUAUAUAAUUUAUGUAUCUUUAGUUUCUAAGGCUAAGUCAUUCCAAUCGAAUAAUUGGAUUUAUAAGAAAACAUGCUCAUUUUAAAUUAGUUUUGAGAUACUCCUAAAAUUAUCAAAGUCACAAUUUGAGGCUUUUGCUUAGGAACAAUUAGGUUAAAUAUACUCAGAGUCACUAUAAGACUACGUUUCCUUAGUAACGAUUUAUUGUUAGUUCACCAUAUACCAUCGCCCUAUUGAUCGUAGUCUUCAGUGCCGUUCUUCAAAAUAUAUUUAUCUACCAAUUGACGUUAUGGGCGACUAUAAAUACGUACUUUUAUUUAUGAAAGCAAUGCGGCAACACCACAGGUUACUUGUCAAAAACCAUUUGACAAUAUCUUGACGGGGACAGCAUGUACAAAGAAAAUAUGUUCAAUAAUUCCGCUAAAUAAUGAUCAAGUUUGCUUACAAAGGUCGUGAAAAAAACGUGUUCCUACUCAUUUAGGUAUUUCAUUCAAGAGUUUUAAAAUAGAUAACAUGAAAUAAAUCAAGUUUAUAUAGAAAUUAGUUUUAUCGACAGUCAAAUAGAUCGUAAAUGUUCAUGAAAUAUGAGACUUUUUAGAAAUGCGCUCUACAAUGAACCUACGAACUUACUUAAAAUUUUUGCUAAUUUUUUACUACUAAUAAAUAAGAAAACCAGUCAAGAUCCUUUAGUAUUAAUUAAUUUACUAAGUUUAGUUAUAUUUUGUAUUACGUUUAGAAUAAUAACCAUUGCAGCAAGAGGCAGUCAAUUCCCAGCAAACUACACGCGUAAAGAUGCCAUAAAUUGUGAGACGAAUGUAGAAUACGAAACUCCUUGUAUUUCUACAGAAUACCAAUCAUUAGUUAAUUUAAGCUUACAUUUUACUCUUACCUUCGUACGAGUGCGCGUGAGUUGAAUGAAUUCAUUGUAAAUGGGUCGACAAUGAGUAAUUUGGUUUCUCAAUAGUCUGAACUUAAUUAGUGACCCAAUUGUAUAUUACUUUUUAAUCAAUUGUAUUUUAAUUUUAUUUCACAUUAACAAUGUUACUACACUAUGUUACUUCCAGUAGCGAUCUCAAUCUCAAGAAUGAGUUUUUGUUCAGCGCGAUGUUCCGACAUCAGUUUGCAUACAAAUCUUCUGGAUCAGUAUCGCAUCCACUGUUGGAAGUAACAGAGGAAGAGCACAGGCCUUUCGACAGUUACGAGGUGAAUUAUUCGAAUGUCGGUACAGCGUAAACGGAAAGAAUUAAUUUAAUUCAUACAACAGAUAAUAUAGGGUGUCUCAGUGCCGAUUUUAAACCUUAAAUAUUUGUAAAAGAAAACAAAUUGUAUGUUUUAAUAUUAUAAUUGCAGUAGAUUAUAAGGUAUUAGUGCGGAUUUUAUGUACGGAAUAUUGCACCAUCAAGAUGUAUACCAUUUCGGUGAAUGCACCAUUUAAAUCGGACUAGCGAAUUUGCAGAGACCCAGAACGUAAACUGAUAUGGCUCUUCUGUCGUUAUUUUAGUCUUAAACUGUUCAAAAUUCGAAGAGAUUCGAGAGAGAGAUCAUAAACUCUUGCUUUAAGAUAACCCGGGGAUCUGCUUAUGAUUUUUCCCGGAAACAACGCUUUUACUGUGUCCAUGAAGACCCUAGCUGUGUGGGUAGCCCCAUCUUACUGAAACCCUACACCUGACAUCAGUAUACCGCUCGCUUGUCUAUUGCACACUAUACAGUAACUUUUCGACUGUGUAAUGCUUUCUGAUGUUUCUGUUUUGGAUUGCUUGAUGACCAGUUAUGGCAAUUUUGACGAUUGACGUACCCUUCAAGGUGAAAGUGUGACUCAUCACUAAAAUAAACAUUCUCCAUCCCAUUUCCUCUGAAUAAAUCUCCAACAUCUUCUGGCAGUAUUUUUUCUGACUAUUUGGAUCUUAUAAGGAUGUCAUUUUAAGUCUAAGGCCAAAAUUCGUUAGACCUGAACGGCUCAAAGAGGAGGUGAGGUGGAUGCUCUGAGACAUCAUGAUUUCAAUCGAUCGCACAGAUCUAUUUCACGAGCGAACUGAAUGAUUUAGUAGACAUCCUGUCGAAAAAAUACUGGCCACUUUUGAUUUUAAUUAAUUGAAAUUGUUCCGACACGUGAGUUGACAAGAACUAGCCAAGGUAUAACAAAUGUAUAAACUGGUAUUAAGAUUAAUGUGUGUUUGUGAUUAUACUAGUCUAUCUGAUUGACGUAGGAAUAUUUCAAGUAAUUUUUGAUACAUUCAUGUUACUGUAUUUUUUAUAUCCAACUUUUCUGUAUUUAGUGGAACUUAUAUCUGAGAUAUAUUUUUAUUGAAAAUAUAUUUGAUGAUAAUUUUUAGUAUAAAAUUAUAUAAAUUAUUAACUUUUAUAAUUUGUUUCUACUGAAUUUUGUGACAUUAUAUUGAAGAUCUAUUUUACAAUAUUUAGACAAAAAAAUAUGAAUUUUUUUAUAACUGAAAGAUCUGUUAUUAGAAUGUAUGAAACAUUUCUUCGGCUUUUAUUUUACUAAACACACAAUGUGUUACACGCCAUAUGUAUUAUCUUAGCCAUAGUGUUGUAAUCGUAUGAAAAAUCUUUUUCGUCAUUUUAUUGCUAUCUGUGGCAUAGUUUACUCUAGAUAUAAAAAACUACGCUUUAGCACAUAUUGUCCCUUAUUGUAACAUUUGUGUUUUUAAUUAGAAAGUAUUGUAAUUUGUGAUAUACCUGUGUUUCAAGUAUGGUCUGAGGUUUGCGUUUUUAUGUGAUCAAUUGUUACAAUGGUAAAUAAAAAUAAUUACGCAAUCAACUUUUUGUAUAUAUACAAAAUUAUAUAUAAGUACUAAGCUUUACUCAUUAGGUUUAAAAAGUGUAUCGUAAAAUAUGAAAAAUGUUAGUUUUCUCUAUUUCAGCGCUAUAAGAUUUUUGAAUAACCUUUUUGUUAGGCUCUAAUAUUCGCAUCACUGUCUAAUACCGCUGAAAUUAAAUACGCUUUCGAUAUUUAGACCUGAUUUCCGGUCCGUCGCGACGGAAGAUUUGCGAGGCUGGUGGGACGUAAACUACCACAGCCCCGUGAUUGGACAUUAUUUACACUUGGCGAGCACUAUGAUCCAUCCUCCUAUACAAAAAUUUUAAAUCCUGUCAUUUCCAACAAAAUUCAUGUAAAAACGUAAAUCUUAGGAACCAUACUACACAAGCAAUAUAAUUUUUGUUGCCAAACACUAUUUUUGUAUUAUUUGACUA